AUGGUUGAAACCCGAGCCCAGAGAGCCGCCAAAAGGAGGCACAAACCAGAGCCAGAGGACCCAGCGGAAGAAGCCGACCCCAAUAACCCCGUCGGAUUCUGGAUAAAAACAGACCGCUGGCCAAGCAAACUCUUCGAGCCCGAGCCAGACAUGGAACACCUGCUUGCACGAAGGAAGUCCUCGUCCUCGUCCGCCCGUAAGCGAUCGAGUUCAGCCUCGUCCAUUACGCCAAGCGACCAAAAGCCGCGUGAAGAGAAGAGCGCCCAGUAUCGAGAUUCGCGUUAUGAGACACUGCUUGCCACCAAAGGCAGUUUUAUGGCACCAUCGAAGCUGGAUAUUACCAACGAGAGCAAAAUUCUCUGCGAAACCUUGCUCGAGGGAAACCAAACGUAUCCCGAGAAUUCACUCUUCCGGGAUGACAUCUUCGGCUUGACCUGCGAGAAAAUCCGCACGAAGAACGAAGCUCGGGUUUUGCAAGACAUCACUCGGCUUAUUGUACCUUCCGCCGAGAGCCUUGCAACAUAUGGCGCUGAACACCUCGAUAUCCUGACAGAAAGUGUCAACGAAGGCUGGAAUAACUCGAUUCCCUUGACUGGGAGGCGUCCGCAGCCAGACUAUUCAGUUGGAUUUUUGCGAGAUGCAUUCACCGAGGAACAGCUUGAUAAGCUAUCGCCCUUCAUUGGCGACUUUCUCGCCGACCAGUCAUACUUCAUGGCCACAUACUACAUGUAUUUUCCCUUCCUUGCCUGCGAGGUGAAGUGUGGGGAUGCCCUCGACGUUGCCGACCGUCAGAAUGCCCAUACCAUGACCCUUGCGGCUCGAGGCGUGGUCGAGCUGUUCCGUCUUGUGGGACGCGAGAACGACGUCCACCGACAGAUCGUAGCUUUCUCUAUCUCACACGACCAGCGCUCAGUACGGAUCUAUGGCUACUACCCAGUCAUUGACGGCAAGAACACCAAAUACUACCGCCAUGAAAUCUAUACAUUUAGUUUUACAACACUAAAUGGGCGGGAUAAGUGGACUGCCUAUCGGUUCACCAAAAAUAUCUACGACACUUGGAUGCCAGGUUUCUUCAAGAGAAUCUGCUCAGCUAUCGACCAAUUGCCGGCAAAGGUAGAUUUUGAGGUCCAAGCCCUGUCUGAGUCGACUGGCCUCUCUCAGCGUCUGGAGAACGGUGCACAAAUGGAGGACUCUGUGUCGCUAUCUGUAGAGGAGAACGACCAGGCAGACAAUGCUGGCCAGGUGGUAACUCCAGCUACGUCUUUUUUGAAGCUGGGGCCUGUCAAGCGACGGAAGAAAACGUAG